CUCAUGCACUCUUCACUACCCAAAAACAACAUCUUCCCUCACAACAAACCGAACAAUUGCUAAAGUGACAAACCAAAACAUGGGCAGCCUCAAGUCUCUCGCUCUCUUGGCUUUGCUCUUUUCCCUCUCUCUCGCUGUUUUUGCCGACACAUCCAAUGACGCCGCUACACAUGCUAAGGAAGAAGUGAAACCAAGUGAAGCGACCGAUGCCAUAGAGCCACAACAACGUGGUUGUAGAUACGGAUGCUGCGGAGCCUAUGCUUAUGGACAGUGCGCCGCUUGCUGCAGCCGACCUCAGGCCGCGGAGGCCGAAACCGAGGCCAAUGACGUUGUUGUAGAGCCUGAGCAGCGGGGGCGUGGUGGUUGUAGGUACGGAUGUUGCGGAUCCUACGCUUUUGGACGGUGCAGCGCUUGCUGCAGCAAAGCCCAAGCUGAGGAGGCUAUGAAUACCGAGGCUGUUGAGGAGAACGCUGUUGAGCCUCAGCAAAGGGGUGGUGGUUGUAGGUACGGAUGUUGCGGAUCAUGGCGUUAUGGACGGUGCAGCUACUGUUGCCGAGGUCCUCAAGCCGAGGCUGAAGUUGUUGAGCCCCAGCAAAUCCGUAGAUGUAGGUACGGUUGCUGCGGAAGGUACCCUUAUCCGCGAUGCAGUGUUUGCUGUACCAAGAAGAUGGCUACAGAGGAAGAGAAGAAAACAGAAGAAGCUAAGCCAUGAAUUGGCGUGUAACACAAACUCUUAUGUUUGUAUGCAUGGAAUGAAUGGUUAUUACUAUUACGUACGUAUGUCAAAAUAAGAGAAAUGUUGCAAAGCUCUAUGUAGCUCAAUAAAAGAAGUCUUAGGUUCUUAUGCAUGUAUUUUGUAUUUUUGUUAUGUGGUGUUUUCUCGUGAAGAUUACAAUAAUAACAACUGUUUAAUAUCAAA